AUGCUUCGUGGGAAGGGUGAGUUUGGUGUCACUUAUAAGCCUAGUAUUGUUACUUGCAAUAGUAUUAUUGAUGGUCUUUGCAAAUAUGGGUUAAUAGACAAGGCAAAAGAACUAUUUUUAGAAAUAAAGGCUAGGGGCAUUAACCCAGACGUGGUUACUUACACCUCUCUAAUUUGUGGUUUGUGUAAUACAUGUAACAGGGAGGAGGCUAAAACUUUGUUUAUGGAGAUGUUGGAUGAAGGUGUACAACCUAAUGUAGAAAAAUUUAAUGUGGUAAUGGAUGAACUUUGUAGAAUUGACGAUGCAAGAAAGCUAUUUGAUUCUAUGGCAAGUAAGGGGUGUAAGCCUGAUGCUGUUAGCUACAAUAUUUUGAUGGAUGGUUUUUGCUUGGCAAAUAAAAUUGAUGAUGCUAAAGAGUUGUUUUAUUCGAUGAUUAAGAAAGGAUGCAUGCCUAAUGAAGUUAACUACAAUACUCUGAUCAAUUGGAAACUACUUGAUGAGAUGCAAUGCAAUAAUGUUCCUCCCAAUUUAAUUACGUAUAAUAUUCUCAUUGAUGGAUUUUGCAGAAAUGGUUGUGUUUUGGAGGCUGUUGAACUGUUUCAUACUUUAAAAAAUGGAAACACUCAACCUGACACCAGAAGUUUCAAUUGUCUCAUUGAUGGGUUAUGCAAAAAAGGGAGACUCAAAAUUGCUUGGGAACUGUUUCACAGAUUGCCAAAAAAAGGCUUUGUUCCAAAUGUUGUGACAUAUAACAUUAUGAUGCAUAGACUUUGUAAAGAAGGGCACUUAGAAAUAGCAAGUAAUUUGUUAUCAGAUAUGGAGCAAAACGGUUGUGCUCCAGAUGUAGUCAUAUUUAAUACGCUUAUGUCUGGUUUCUUGCGGAAUAAUGAGACUUCCAAAGUGGUUGAACUUCUUCACAAAAUGAAUGAGAGAUAUCUGAAGCCAGAUGCAUCCAUAGCUUGUAGAUUUACUGGGAAAGGAUGA